UGCACAUAAGAACGCUGAUAUGGCCGCAACUAUAGCCAGGUCAAUCCUGGCCGUCCGAUCAACCGGGGCCACCGCUUCUCUCCUCCUCCCAAGACGGCUAUUCUCUUUCUCUGUUUCUAAACCCGGUUUCGUCCGCCCCGGCUUCGAAACCGGGUCCUCCACCCGCUCAGCCACACCCGCUUCCUUAUCCCACUCUCUGCAGGUUACUUCUCCUAACUUGACCCGGUACAACACGAUCAGAUGCCGAGUCAAUCGGUCCGGAUCUUCUUACUCGCCACUGAACUCGGGGUCGAACUUUGGUGACCGCCCACCCACAGAGAUGGCGCCGCAUUUCCCCGGAUGUGAUUAUGAGCACUGGCUUAUGGUCAUGGAUAAGCCUGGCGGUGAAGGGGCGACUAAGCAGCAGAUGAUUGAUUGUUAUAUUCAAACGCUAGCUAAAGUUGUUGGAAGCGAGGAGGAGGCUAAAAAGAAGAUAUAUAAUGUGUCAUGUGAGAGGUACUUUGGAUUUGGAUGUGAGAUUGAUGAGGAGAGCUCAAACAAGCUUGAAGGAUUGCCUGGUGUUCUGUUUGUUCUUCCAGAUUCUUAUGUUGAUGCUGAGAAUAAGGACUAUGGAGCUGAGCUGUUCGUGAAUGGAGAGAGAGUUCAAAGAUCACCCGAGAGACAGAGGAGAGUGGAGCCUGUGCCUCAGAGAGCCCAAGACAGACCAAGAUACAACGACCGAACUCGUUAUGUGAGGCGCCGUGAAAAUAAUAGGUGAAAAGCGAUAACAGGUUUAUACAAGAACCUAAUUGUAUGAAAUUUCGAUGAAUGCCUAUCAUAAAUGGGUCUUAUGUUGAUAUUAUAUUGUCGCUGGAUUGUUAUGGACUUGUAGGACAAGAAUUCUCGUGUCAGUUCUCUACUCAUGGAAUCAUUAAUUUGUGGAUC